AUGUGUUCAUUCAUUAUUUUAUUUCAGGUUGAAGCAACCCUGUGCUUGGUUGGUUCGUCUUCAAAAUCAUCUGAGUAUCGGCCCAUUAAUAUUUCCGUGAAAUUCUAUUCAGAUCAUGAAUGCAAAAUUAAGGUUUCGACAACAGAUUUCUUUCCCCAGCUCAAAGUUGAUGCAGCUAUUGUAUCAUUUAAAUUAAAGAAAGCGGCGGAUUAUCCGUGUGUCUCCUCCACCAAAAGCUUCUUCUCAAUGGUAAUGUCAAGAAUUUUCGACAUACAUAAGUGUUGGCUCCUCAUUUCCACUUGA